GAAAUGAGAGACGGGGGCUUGGAGGCAUAUUUUUUGAUGAUUUAAACGACUAUGAUCAAGAAAUGCUCCUCUCUUUUGCCACUGAGUGUGCCAACUCUGUGGUUGAUGCAUAUAUACCAAUUAUAGAAAGGAGAAAGGAUAUGCCAUUCACUGAUAAACACAAGGCAUGGCAGCAACUGAGAAGGGGCCAUUAUGUGGAAUUCAAUUUGGUGUAUGAUCGAGGAACAACAUUCGGUCUUAAAAGUGGAUGCCGGAUUGAAAGCAUUCUUGUCUCUUUGCCGCUAACAGCCAGAUGGGAAUAUGACCAUGUAAGUAUUGAGAUGAAUGGGUUGGGUAACGGGUCAAACGAGUUCGGAUUGAACCAUAUUGUUUUUUUUUUUUUUGUAUGGGUUGUAAUAGGCUGGAGUCUGGUUGACCUAACCCUCAUUUUUUAUUAACUUCUAGUUUUCUUA